AUGGAAAACGCACCGAAGUGGAUGAAGACCGCGCAGCCAUGGAGUCGCUCCAUGUCGCAGAGAUUCCUCACAACCCUUCGACCGCGGCUUACAGUGGGAUACCUGCUGUGGGGUCUCAUCGGGCUCUAUGUCUUCUACUGCAUCCUCAUCCAGUCACCUCUCUUUGCAUCCAGGCUACCAAAUUACUCGGGGCCAUUUGAAGUUGGAGCAAUAGACAUCGAGGUUCCCGUCCGUACUCCUCGCAACACGAGCGACUCAGUUCUCGCCAGCAACGGCCAGGCCGCAUUCAACCUCGAAACGGUGCUGUUCACCCUGUAUUAUCCAGCCGAGAAGGGUGUAAGGGGAGCAGGUCAUCACUAUUGGGUUCCAAAACCCAUCAGCCUCACAGCAGAGGGCUAUGCGAGGGCCGCCCACUUCAACAACUUCAUCUCACGACCGAUAUUCACCUUCGCAGUAUGGGCUUUGGUGGGGGGCAUCAAGAUUCCAGCACAAGUUGAUGUGCCGCUUCUUUCAUCGACAAGCGGGAAAGGAAAUGAGAAAUUCCCCGUCGUGGCGUUGUCUCACGGCCUGGCCAGUUCCCGGACGGAUUACACGCACUACUGCGGUGAGCUCGCGAGCCGCGGAAUCGUCGUGGCUGCCAUCGAGCAUCGCGACGGCAGCGGACCUGGCUCGGUCGUUACAGCUACAAACGGCAAGAGCCGUAGGGUCAUGUACCUCACCAAGAAUGAACUCAGAGGAGGCAGGGAGAUGGAGUCUGAUGAUUUGAAGUUCGAACAACUCGCCUUCCGACAAGCUGAGAUUGAAGAGACGAUAGCGGUGUUGCGGUCAUUACACGUCGGAAAGGGGUCAAAGAUCUUCACAGACAACGCCCGCCAAGAAGGCCAUGGACUCGCCGAUUGGGAAGGUAGACUCGACUUCUCCCAAACAGUCAUCGCAGGCCAUUCAUUUGGCGCAACGGGUGCGCUACAGGCUCUCAAAGGUGCUACCUCAAGCGAGAACCCGGCCGUGGGAGGUAUUGCUCUUGACCCAGGGAAGAGCAGCGGACGACUGAACACCGAUAUCGACGUGCCAAUCCUCAUCGUCCACUCCGACUCCUGGUCCAAAAAGAUUACACCGUUCUUCGGCCGGCCGCACUUUGAUACGGUCAGGGAUAUCGCGAGGGACGUACUCAAGCGCGUGGGCUCGAGCUGGUUCCUGACCAGCCUGAAGACAAGUCAUCCCAGCGUGACUGAUGCGCCGCUCAUUGAGCCUUUGCUGCUUCGCUGGACUACAGGGGCUACGAUUGAUGUGCGGCAAGGAUUGCGGGAGUAUGUGAGGGUCACCAUGGAGUUUAUGACAUUUUUGAAAAACGGUACGAGAGAGGGCGUCUUGUCCGAGGGGGUAACGCAUGAGGAAUAUGGAAAGGAUACGAUGACGGAUGAAGAGAGGGCGAGGAUACCCAAGGAAACGACGAAAUAUUGGCAGAUUCACGUCGCGCCGGCUCGUGAAGUGCAAUGA